AUGGGCCGAAUCCCUUUUGUGACAAGCCCUUUGCACCCGUUCAAGUCCAAGAGCAGCACGCGGCAUAGUUCAACGUCUGAUGGUGAGCUCGGUCUGGCCACACACGAUGAGACCUUGUUUGAGGACCCUCAGUUCGAACACUAUGAGGCUACCUCCAACAUCCAGUUGUUUUUCGACUUGUUUUUCGUGGCCAAUUUGACCUCCUUUGUGACUGCCCACGAUGUGAACAGCAGUAAGAUGCUGGCAUCCUAUGUCGGCUUCAUCAGUAUCUUGUGGUUCACCUGGUGCCAGGUCAGUCUGUACGACGUCCGGUUUGCCACGGACAGCAUCUUCGAGCGUGUGGCCCACGCGUGCCAUUUCGGCGUGAUGAUGGGGCUGGCCGUCAUCGGCCCCAACUUCCUGAGGCAGGACGCCUGGGGCCCAAUGCAGCAGCUGUCGCUGAUCCUCAUGGUGAGCCGCUUGGUACUCGCAUGCCAGUACGGCACGACGCUCUACUUCACAUGGCAUUACCGCAAGACUCGCGCGCCAUUGUUGAUCACUUUGGUCUCGCUGCUGGCCGCUGCAGCUGUUUACUUUGGUAUAUCGUUUGUGUUCCAGUUGCGCAUCAGAUGGGAUGCCUAUAUCGCGUGGUAUUGCGUUUCCGUGACCGAGGUGGGGAUCAACGUGGUCGUGGCCGCGGUUUGGCCGGCGCUCUCGCUUGAGAAGACCCAUCUCGUGGAGAGAAUGACCUGCUUGACUUUGAUUAUCCUGGGCGAGGGUAUCAUUCUUCUGACCAAGGUUGUCAGCAUGAUCGGGAAGCUGGACCAGCGGUUUUUCCCCCAGGACAUUGGAAUUCUCAUAUCAUCCGUGCUAAUUAUUUACCUGACUUACCAACUGUACUUCGACAACAUCAGCAGCGUCGAGGCACUGGGUCCGAUCGGCCAGCACCUGUGGGCCAUGCUCCACUUCUCCUUCCACGUCUGCCUCUGCCUCAUGAUGGAAGGGAUCAACCAAAUCUUCAUCUGGGCACACCUCUGGGCCGGGAUCAGCCAGCUUUUCAAUCCCUUGAUGAGCGGGAUCAACAGCAAUGCCCCGGUCGACGAACUCAGGGACAUGCUCGGGGAGGCGUUGGACGACGCCCUGAACCGCUUCACCACCUACAUGGAUCAGUUUCACACCAUCGAAAGCGCCUACAACGCGACCAUCGCGCUGCCCUCCAACGCAACGGGGACGGAGUUCAUCGAGAAGGCGUGGCCGGCCAUCAUGGAGACGGUGACCAUCAUCGUGCACAACUUCGGGUGGAAGAUCCCCAAGGAAGUGGCGGCCAAGGCGAACCUCACGUUCCAGGAGGAGAUCGACGCGGUCAUGAAGGUCUAUGAUCUUACUUUUGGAUACUUCUGCAUCUGCACGGGCCUCUUCCUGAUCUUCAUCACGGUCUUCGCAAUCCUGUCGCUUCCCCGCGAUCCUCAUCAUUUCCGCUUGCGCCGCGUCAGCACGGGGACCAUCGCGCUCGUGGGGCUGGGUCUGGCGCUGCUCAGUCUCAUGAACAUCACCGGAAAGAGCCAGGCAGUCGGCCAAUCGCCGUGGGUACUUCCAGCGCUGGCGCUGAUCAUGCUCUUCUUGCCACUGCACAUCUCUCUUGCUGCCGCUGCCUCCUUCUCUCUAUUUUCCCAUAAGCUACCAAGAGAUAUUAUAUGA